AUGGAUUGUCAUCGAAAGAUGAUUGUAAGACCAACACAAAAUUACAAACCUAAAGAAAACGUUGCCGAUGAAGAUGAGGACGACCUGGAAGCAUUGAGGUUAGCUGCGUUAAUGUCGCUGAAAGCUAAGCCUAGCAAGAUACCACCACCACCUCAGAAGUCAUUCGUACCUCCUGGAAAUUCAUAUCCGAUGUACAAUAGUAAUAAUAAUAUUAAAAACCAUGGGAGUUAUAGAGGAAGGAGGGAUUUUUAUCAAAAUCGUCCUUUAGUCAGACAAAAUGGGAAUCAAAAUGCGUAUCACCCAAGUAGAAAUAAUCAAAAUCUCAUUGAAAUUAUUCCUAUGGAGGAGAAUGCUCCAAAGGAUGGUGAAGAUAAAAAAGAUACUGCUGCGUCUGAAAAAGAAAAUUCAAAAUUCCGUCGAUACGACGACGCAAGCGGUUCCGAGGACGAAGACAUAAAACCAAAACCCACCCUCGAGCAGCCAUCAAGCAGCCUAGGCGACCUAGGUAACCUAGACGACCUAGGAGACCUUCCUGACCUCCCAGACUCAGAACCUCCCAAAGAAGACUCUCAGACCGACUCUGACCCAGGCGAAGCCUCGGAGUCGGGUUUACCCGACUCCAAUUCUCCCAAGGAAGAAGAACCUUUACCUACUGAAGAAAACGAAGAAGAAAACCCAGACUCAGAUAACGAAGCAGAAAAAGAAGAAGAGGACGACGACGACGUCCUCUUAAUGGCCGACUACGAAGAAGAAGACUCCUUAGAGAGACUAAUGGACGAGAUGGAGCGCGAGAUGGCCGACAAGCCUCUAGAAAAAAAGGAGAAGAAGCCUCGUAAAGACAAGGUCAAAAAAGACAAACCUAAGGCUUCUUCUAUCUCCGCUUCAACUUCAACUGUUUCUAAUUUAAGUUACAAAGUUCCUAAGAGCCCCGAGGCUCCUUACGAACGUCCUCGUCAUCGGUCACCUUCUCCAAAAGCUAAAAGAAAAAAAUCUCCUAGAAGAUCUCCAGCGCGUUUGAAAAAAUUAAGAAGGUCUCCUAGAAGGUCUCCUAUUAGGUCGCCUAAAAGGUUAAUGUCUCCUCGUAGAAGGUCUAGGUCAAGAUCUAGGUCUCCUAUUAGGAGCCGAAGGUCUCCUAGGUCUCCUAUUAGGAAUUCCAGGUCACCUAAAAUUUCUCCUAGGAGAAUUUCUCCGAGAAAAAUUUCUCCUAAUUCUCCAAUUCACUCUCCUUGGACGUCUCCUAUUAAUUCUCCUAAAAGAAGACGAUCUCCUAUUGGUUCUUUAAUAAAUUUAAAUUUAAAUAAAGAAAAGGAGGAAAAAUCCAGAAGAAAAAGAUCUAAUUCUCCGGAAGAUAAUUUAAAUUUUAAAAAUAAAAUUGAAAAAGAAACUGAAAUUAGUGACCCGGUUUUGGAAGCUAGAAGACGGAAAUUUGAGUCUACAAAAUUAAUUGAUCCGGUUAAUGAUAAUAAAAAAAUUAAAUUGAGUCGCAAGCUUGAAGAAGAAGAAAAUGUUGAAGAAGAAAAGUUAGAAGAUGAUGUUGAGGAAGGUGAAGUUCAGGAAAUUAGUGAUGAAGAAAAAAUUGAGAAUGAGGAAGUUCAAGAAGAAGAUGUGGCACUUUGUUUGGAUGAAAGCUAUGAUCUGGAUGAAUUGGAGGAACAUGUCAGUGAUGAAGCGGUUUUUGAAACGGUUAAAGUGGAGAAGAAGGUGAAGAAGAAGAAGAAGAAGGACAAGGAGAUUUAUCAGGUGGGGAAGCUCAAGGAACUGCCCUUGUCGGAGAGGCUGGGGAAGGAGAAAAAGUGCAAGAAGAGGAAGGAGUAUGAUGGGAAGGCUGAGGAGGGUAAUUGUGAGGAGGUAGUUGAUGAAGAAGCUGAUCUGAGGACUGAGUUGAGUCGCAGGAGGGCUGAGAGGCUUAAUAGGAACGCGCCUAUUCAGUCUGCUAGGCUUUUGCAGUCGGCUUUUAAGGGAGUUGUUAAUGAAGUCGCCAAAAGUAAUUCGAAAGUUCUUCAGAGGCAAUUGAUAAAGGAGGACAAACAUCCUCAGAAAGAAAUAAGACGUGUUACUCUAUUGCAUAGAUCUAUUCCCGAAUUACAUGAUUCAGAAGAUGAAAUGAUCGAUUCAAAGGUACCAAUUAAAUUCCGACUGGGGCUGAACAAAGUUCAAGAAACUCGAGAGACAAAAUCAUCCCGGAAAUCUUCUAAGCGGCAAGGUCGAAAGGUAAAGCACAAAAAUUUGAUAGUUAACUGA